UUGCGGAAUUCAUGUCGUCGUCGCACCAAAUUCGCCUCUAAAUUCCCUCUUUCAUCGCUUUUUCGUGAAAUUUCCUGCGCAAAAUGUCGGAUUUGUCGGAUAGUUGUCGCUGUUGCUUGUUGGAUGUUUCGUGCCUCGACAUUUCCAAGUACUUUUCGCUCGAUGAUCCGAUCCAAUUGGCAUUCAAUGUGCACGAUGCGACAGAUUUCGAUGGCAAAUCGUAUCGUACGGUGUUCGAAGAGUAUGCGGGCUUCAAAGUGCUGCCCGGAGAACCGGAUAAUUUGUGUGCAAAUUGUCGAACGCGUCUCCUGGAUGGAUGGAAAUUCUGGAAAUUGCUGCGAAAAACGCAAAAUGUGCUGCAAGAGACACUUUUGAAGGAAGCUACGAGUUGCGGGGAGGAAAUUUCCGUGACGCCGCCCGUUAUUACGAUUGUCGAUAGUGCCGCUGUGGAAAAGGAAGAACGACAAUUGGCGGAAGAAACGAAAGAUAUCUUGGCAUAUCUCGCUGAAGACCUAAAUAUCUCCGAGGAAUGCAAAAAUAUUGAUACUUUACCGCCUUUGACGCUGGAUUUGGACUUGGAUGCGUUAAUUGAUGGUCACGCAAUCUCGAUGAAUCUCGACGGAAGCAGUCCGAAGAAGAGAAUUUGCCCGUUUAGCCCGAAUAAGGCGUAUAAAAACAUUGAUAUGCAUUUGUCGCGGAAGCAUCGCGACUUGAAGACAAUAAAAUGCACGACAAUGGGAUGUCGGCGCACUUUUUACACUGCCGAGAUGUUGUCGGAGCAUCUUUCGAAGGAUUGCGGAAGACGCCCGAGUGUUGUGAGAACCGAAAAUCAGCAGAAUUUCACAUGUAAAUUUUGUGGCAGAGACUUUGAUGCGUAUCAAAAGGUCCGUUCGCACGAAAAUGCACACAGAACUCGCAUUAAAGCGGCGAAAGAAGGUCCCCGAUACAAAUGUGACAUCUGCCAGAAGUUGUUUAUGGAGAAAAAAAAUGUUCGGUUGCACAUUGAGUCCGUACAUUUGCGUCUUCAGAAGCUCCGUUGUGCCAAAUGCGACGCAAAAUUCUUCUCAGACUCCGGAUAUCGCUACCACAUGACGAAAUUUCACAAGAAUCACGAGACCUUCAAGUGUCAGGAGUGCGAUUACGAGACCAAAGUACGUUUUAUGUUGACGCGCCAUCAGAAACGACACGAAAAACCGGCGACAGACGACGAAAUUGUGAAUCACGAAUGCCCCCUUUGCCUUACGAAACUCAAGACAAAUCAAUUGUUGCACACGCAUUUACAAAAGGUGCACGGCUCCAAAAUCAUUCUGUGUAAGAUGCCCAAAAAAGCCUCCUCGGAGUCGUCGGAAGACGAGAAACAACGUCAGCUGCAACGCCAGAAGCAACUCGAGUACGAGGAGGAAGUCAUCAAGCAACAGGGCGAAAUUUUGGCGGAAAUCAAUCAUCAGCGAUCGCCCAGCAGUCAAUUAUUAUUGAGUAAUUUUUAGACACCGUAACACGUAGAACGUAGUUGAACGCUUUAUUAGAACGAGUAGGAAUGUAGAUUUUAAGGCAACAACAAUUUUUUUUAUUGAACUUCGAUUCAUCGCUCGAGACGACGAUCGAGACAGACUGAAUGCUGACAGUGAUAAUUGUUUCUUUUUUUAGCUGGCUUUUGCUGGAUUCGCGAUUUUUAAACAGCUACUGUUGAUAUUUGAUAACGGGAACAAACACGAUGAGGUACGCAGCUCGCGCGAAUUUAUUUCAUGUACCACUGUUCCUUAUGAAAAAAAAAUAUUUUUAAGUUUUUUGUACUCAAACUCAUUCUAAUAUUAAAAAAGUUGCACAAAAACUGCAUGAAAUUCUUGCAGCGGAGUGCAAUGGUAGUUUUUAAGGCUUUAUGUGA